CCCUUUGCUAUAUUCAUGUAUUCUCCUGGUAUGAUAUAUCUUCUCGAUGGCCUUAAUCUAUUUUUUGGUGAAACAUAUUUCUUAUCUUUUUAUCUAUUUCUUUUAGCUACUGCGGGAACAAAUAAAGCUGCCUCCAGCGGAACUUCAUUGAACACGAGGAAACUUGAUGAAGAAACAGACGUUCUUGCGCAUGAAAGAGUACCAUCUGAACUAAAGAAAAACAUCAUGCAGGCUCGUUUGGACAAGAAAAUGACUCAAUCUCAACUUGCACAGCUGAUCAAUGAGAAGCCACAAAUUGUCCAGGAGUAUGAAUCUGGGAAGGCCAUACCAAACCAACAGAUAAUUACAAAGCUGGAAAGGGUUCUUGGUGUGAAGCUCCGAGGAAAGAAGUAAAACAAAAUCCGCAGUGAAGAAGGAUACUGAAAGUCUUCAGUAGGGUUCUCUGUUGCUAUUAUUACUAAUAUGAAACGAAUUUAGUUUUCAGUAUCCAUGAAUUUGAAAAAACCCCUAAAAAGUGGGCGAUGAUGUUAAUCCUGUGUUUUAUGGAGUAAAGCAGUCUUUUGGGCAGGAUUCUAAAGAAGAAUGACGUGUGCUGUUUAUACUGUGCCUUACUCUUCAUCAUUCUAGUGAUGUGUUUUUACGGCUUUCCACUUCUGCAAUGUGUUCAUCUUAUUUUAUAAUCUGGUUAGUUGAAA